UUUUGUUUGCUCCGCUUCCCCUUUGAUCCGAUCCGAGUCAAUUUGGCCGGACGGUCCGGGUUAACUAGCAUUACCGGGUUACGUGCGCUGGUAGCUCUAGGCGUCAUUGACGUUCCGGUCGUUGCUUCGGAUUCCCGGAGUUGGAAACCCUAACACAGUGAAGUGGACGUUAAAGUUGAGGGGCUUUGUGAGGGCGCGAUUAACAUCGCGGCGCUGCCGGAAAAAAAUGCAAAGAUGAACUCCAAAAGGAUGACUGUGAAGGAUUUCAUUUUAUCGGAGGUGCCUGAUUGGGACGAUGAAGUGGUUGCCUCGGCCCGUUUCAAGGCCUUUAGCGGUCAAAGAUCUGAUUGGCAAUCGAAAUUCCUCUUCUGGAGGGAUUUGAUAAUCAAAAUAGCCCGACAUGUUGGGCUCUUUAUUAUUCGUCCUUCCGAGGUCAAGAAUGAUUGGUUUAAUCGAGGGGGCUUGACCCCUUUAUGUCUCGACCAUGUAUUGUUUCUAAUGUAUAAUGAAGGUGAUAUCACAAGAACUGCUGAUCUUGUGGAUCCUACUAGUGGAAGACUCUCCCAAUUAUUCAGAAAAGUAAGCAACCUAAUAACAAGGUCAACAACGACUCAGGAAAUUAUAUCUGAAGAACCUUUCAUCCUAACCAUGCUGCUUAAGGAUAAGGCAGCUGAAGUUAUCAAACUUCUAUCUGAAAGUCACUGGAAUUCAUCAUGUAUCGUAACAAUGAAGAAAUUCCAAGAAGUAUGUGGAGGGCCUGAUGAGAAAUCUGCAAUCUUGGGGUACCUGGGAGGGUGUGGAAAAGCACAGUAUAUUUCAGUGCGUAAGAAAGAACUUGUAGAGGGUAUCAAAAUUUCUCUUUCAACAUCAGCUUUAUCCCAUAUAUCUAAUUUAGAUUAUGAUAUUCUGCACUUGAUUUGGACAACUGAGAGGCUUCAGCAACAGCUUGAUAUGAUUGACCAACGUUAUGAAUUGUCAAGACAAUCAGCACUAACUUCAUUACAUUCUGGAAAGAGAAAAUUGGCUCUCAGGUAUGCUAGGGAGCUGAAGCUGGCCACCCAGAGUAGAGAGAAAUGUUCUUCACUUUUGAACAGAGUAGAGGAAGUACUUCGUGUUAUUGCCGAUGCUGAAUCCACGAAAAAGGUUUCUGAAGCCGUGGAGUUAGGAGCCCGAGCGAUGAAAGAGAAUAAGAUCAGUGCAGAGGAAGUGGAUGUUUGUUUAAGAGAUAUCCAAGAGAGCAUUGAUUCACAAAAGGAAGUUGAAAAGGCGCUAGAACGAAGUCCAGCAUACACGGAUCUUGAUGAAGAAGAUAUUGAAGAGGAGUUCAAAAGGUUAGAGCUGGCGGUUGGCAACGAGACCGGAGUUCCUGAACCUGAAAACGCGUUUACUGAUAGGGAAGGAAAAGAAACUUCGGAAGCCGCCGAAUUUAUAAACGAUGCUUUCUCAAAUCUGAAGCUCUCAGACGAUCUUGCGGAGUCCAAGCUCGAGAAAGAAUCAAAAAUUCCAGAAAUGGAAGCCGCGUGAGCGUGAAAGUUCCAUUAAUCUGGAAAUGGUUGUGGUUAUUAUGCUUUAUUUGGGGCUAAACGACCAACGGUUUGAUUAGUCAAUUUACAUGUAGACACUGUUCUGUGCGGACCAGAAGUUGUAAAUGAAUAUCUCAUCUGUCUCUAUUUUGAUUAUUUUCUUAAGAAUUAUUAUAAUUUUCGGGG